AUGUCCAAUUCUAUUGCCCAGUUCUUGACCUUUUUGCGUAACCAAUACGUGAAGAACCUCUCGCAAGGGGUACCUCUACGGAUUGUGUGUGGCAACGAAUCAGCGGACCUUGAUUCAGUGGCGUCCGCCAUCGCAUAUGCGUACUUCAGCUAUGCCUGGAAGCCGACUGAGCCUGUGGUACCGAUAAUUAGCAUCCCACACCACGAUCUCAAGCUCCGCAAAGAUGUGGAGAUGGUGCUCGAGCACAUUGGUGUUUCUGACAAAAGUCUAUUCUUUCUCGAGGAUUUACAGAAGUGGAAGAUGGAUCAUGGGCUCACAAUUGAUGGCGUGUUGGUCGAUCACAAUGAGCUACAAGGGCCUUGUAAAGAUCUCAUUGAUGAGGUUGUCGGUGUAAUCGAUCACCACGAGGAUCAGCGGAUAUACUAUGAACAAGUGAAGAAGACAAACGGGCCUUACAUCGUAGCGCCCACCGGCAGCUGUUCAUCACACGUUGUCAAUUAUUGGAAUGGCAUUCUCGGAUCUAGCGAUCAAUCGCAGCUAACAGAUGCUCUGACAUUAUGCAUGAGCGCAAUCAUGAUGGACACAUCGAAGCUCAAGCAUAAAGUAGAGGACUCGGACAUGCAAGCGUACGCCAUCUGCAAAAGCGUGUUGACCAAUAUGAACGAGGAUGCGUACUACAAGCGCAUGAAGGCAGCAAAGAAUGACGUAGAUGGCUUCUCACUCGAUGAGAUUCUUCGUAAGGACUAUAAAGAGUUGGUGUUCCCGAGCCGCAGUGCAGAUCUACGUGUUGGCGUACCUACUGUCGUGCGCUCUUUCGAAUGGAUGCGCGAGAAGUUCGGCGACAAUGGGACUACGAAGCUCUGGCACAGUUUCCUUCUGGAGCAUAAGUUAGAUUUCCUCGUGGUGCUCACAAUUAAGAAGGCCAACGAGGGUUUGAAACGGGAGUUGGCUAUCAUGGCCAACUCCUGCGACCGUGCGCAGCAGGUCGAGUUCUUGAUCCAAAGCCUCACCCCAGAGUUGCAGUUGAGCAAGACCUCUGUCUUCUCCCCCGGCUCACUCGUCAUUGAGACGUGCGACCAGAGAAUGCUAUCUGCCAGUCGCAAGCAAAUAGUACCUCUCCUCAAGAGAACCGUCGCCGAGUUAUAG